AUGGACAAUACUCAAUCAACAAUUGAACAUAUGUUAAACGAAGACAAACGACGAGAUACAUUUAAAUUUUUAACUUCAUUAACUGGUCUUAAGCUUAAUCGAGAACAAAUUUUUGUUAUUGGUGGUGGUCAACAAUUUUCUCAUCGUCAUUCAAUAACAACGAAUUCCGCUGAACAACAAAUGUCUAAUGAUACAAAUAACACUAGUCUAUCAAUUCUUGAUCUACCUGAUGAAGUUUAUCUUCAUCUUUUUUCAUUUCUUAGUCCAAUAGAUCUAUGUCAAAUAUCAAAUGUUUGUAAAAAAUGGUAUCGUCUUGGAACUGAUGAUAAUGUUUGGCGUCAACGUCUUAUACGUGAUAUGAAAUUUUGGUCAUCAAUUAGUUCUCGUUCAAACCCAUUGAGUUAUAUUCUUGUUCAAUCAGAUCGUUCACAAAAAGAAAUUUAUUUAACAUGCUCACCAACAAUACGUCGUCGUUCAAUUCCAACAGAUGACAGUUUUGUUUCGUUUAGUCAAAUAUCAAAUUAUCUACGCAGUUGGUUUAGUAGUUCAAAAGAUUUAAUUAUGUUUGGACCUGGCUUAGAAAGUUAUACAUCUCCAUUAGUCAAAAAUCUUCUUUGGGAUGAAUCAAAACGUUUUCAAACAAUGGGUAUGAUACCAGGACAUGCUGGAUUUGGUUCUGGUAUUAAAAUGAAAUUACAGAAUUAUAUGUUUAAUUUAAUAACAUUAUAUACAAAUUGUAUGAAAGAACGUGAAAGUCGUACCAAUGCAGAUCGACUAAUAACCAAUAAUCGUCUUGUUCAUUCAAAUAACAUUGAUCAUUUUGAAAUAAGUCCACAAGUACGUGAUGUUUGUCGAGAAGCAAGUGGUCUUGUUUAUGUUAUUGAUGCUUGUCGAGAAAAUAAAUUAAAUGAUUUUUGUACAGAAUUACAAGUUAUGACUAGAGAAUUUAGUUAUCUACCAUUAUUGAUAUUAUCAUGUAUUAGAAAUACAGAAACAAAACGGUGGUCAGCUAUGGAUGUUGUUCGUGAUUUACAAUUAAGUUCAUUGGGUAAUCAAUGGUUGGUACAAGAUUGUUGUGUUGAUGAUAUGAAUGGUGUUGAAGCAGGCUUUAUUUGGUUACUUACACCAAAAAAUAAUAAUCUCUUUUUUGAUACAACAAACGAAACUGAAUCGACCAUGAACUGA